ACGGCCACCGCGUCCCGCGGUGUCUCCGGCCACUUGCGCGCUGUCCCCGCCUAACUUUCAAAAAGGAGGAGAAGGUCCGUCGCUGCUUGCCUGCUUGCUCGUCGUCACACUGGGAGGAUUCCAAGAAACCGGGCGGACUCGAGUCGAGGGCUAGCUCGUGAAGUCCGGUGGUGGUAGAGCCAUGGCGGCCGCGGCGCGCGCGAUCAUCUGCGAGAUGACGCCGAACCAGAGGGCGGGGGUGGCGCCGCCGUCGUCGCAGCAGGCGACGAGGCGGGACGGCGGGAAGAUCGUGCUCCAGCCACGGCUCUGCACGCUCCGUUCGUACAGCGCCGGCAGCGGCCUGGUGGCGCGGAGGCGGCUGGUGGGGGAGGAGGUGAUCGGCGGCGGCGCGGACGGCGCCGGGUCCUCUCCGUUCUUCGUGUCGCUCGCCGACUACAUCGACAGCACCCGCAAGAGCCAGGACUUCGAGACCAUCUCCGGCCGCCUCGCCAUGGUGGCGUUCGCGGCGGCGGUGGCGGUGGAGUUGACGACGGGGAACUCGCUGUUCAAGAAGCUGGACAUGCAGGAGAUCGAGGAGGCGGCCGGGGUGUGCCUCGCCGUGGUGGCCGGCGCCGCCGCGUUCGCGUGGGUCUCGAGCGCACGCACCAGGAUCGGCCUGAUGUUCACGCUUGGCUGCAGCGCCUUCGUCGACUCACUCAUCGACAACAUCGUCGAGGCGCUCUUCUCCGAGGGCGAGCUGCAGGACUGGUCCGACGACGUAUGAUUCCAUCAGAAAAUUCAGUAUAGAUCCAUAGACAUACACGUACAUAUACCCAUAUAUAUACAUGUAUAUAUAGUUAAUAUACAUAUAAUAACAUGAUUAGUAGAGAGGAGAGUAUAUAGAUUCGAUGUGAUAGAUCAGCAUCAGAUGCAUGUUAAGCAAGAAUACUUCCACAAGUUUCAAUGUUUCA